AUGGAACCCGUAAGGCCACGUCUCGACACCCUUAAAGCAAUCCUUGAAGAAGACAACGAGGGAGUAGGAAAAGAGCUCAUCAUCAUCACCGACAACGGAGAGCCACGUCAGAGCAGCUCCAGUGUAGAGGAGGAAGAUGAGGAGAGGAGAUCCAAUGCGUCAUUUUGCUCGGUAGAAGUAGAUCUCGAGCUUGGUAUGUCUAAGAAAGAUGUACAUAUGUCACCAUAUGAGAGAGAUUGCAGGAUUUGUCACAUGACUUUGGAUGCAUCGAAUCUUGAAUCUGGUGUUCCCAUUGAGCUAGGCUGUUCUUGCAAAGAGGAUCUCGCUGCUGCUCAUAAACACUGUGCUGAGACUUGGUUCAAAAUCAAAGGAAAUAAAAUAUGUGAAGUAUGCGGCUCCAUUGCGGGUAAUGUUGUUGUAAAUGUUGAGGCAGAGACUGAUGAAACUCGAAAUGAAGCAAACGGUACAGUGAAUCAAGCUUUGAGAACUUCUAAUCCACCACUGGUGGAAGCUAGAAGCUUCUGGCAAGGUCACCGGUUCUUGAAUUUCCUUUUAGCUUGUAUGGUCUUUGCCUUUGUGAUCUCAUGGCUCUUCCACUUCAAUGUUCCUUCCACAUAG